AGAGGAAGAAAACGCGCACGAAGAUGCAACUGCUGAUGCUGUGAGGAAGAGGAUGAUGAAGUCGAACAAAGAGAAGGCUGUCGGUGUAUUUGGGGGGAUAAAACGCGUCUUUUGGCUUCCAACCAAGUGAUGGCGGACGAGGCGUCAUUUCGUCAACCUGACGAUGAUGAGGAAGGAGUCGAUGUUAGCAUGGAAACACCAAAGGGGCCCGUCUACUGCGUCUGCAGGAGACCUGACAUCAACUGCUUCAUGAUAGGUUGUGACAGCUGCACCGAGUGGUUCCACGGGAGCUGUGUGGGCGUGUCAGAGAAGGCGGCCAAAACCAUCCGAGUGUGGUUCUGUCCCACUUGUCGAGAAGGCAACCCGUCUCUGGAAAUUAAGCAUCGUCAGAAGAAGACAAAGGAGGAAGAGCCCGAGGAGGACGGGAGCUCACCCUUUCAGUCCAUGAGUGACGGCCGGCGUAGCUCACAGCAAAUCAAACGGUCUGCUCGCAUGUGCGGCGAGUGCGAGGCCUGUUUGAGGACGCAAGACUGCGCCACCUGCGAUUUCUGCCAAGACAUGAAGAAGUUUGGAGGACCCAAUAAGAUACGGCAGAAGUGUCGACUGAGGCAGUGCCAGUUCCGCGCACGGAUGUGGCAUGUUCCUGGUGUGGAGCAGAAGAUGCUUCGCGUCAAAGAAGAGGAGUUGAGUCGACGCCGCGCCAAGGGGCGACGGGAGCGCCGCCGGCAAGACGGCGGGCAUCUUACGGAGGGGGAAGAGGAGGACGACGUGUUCAGUGAAAGCGAGCUGGAGCUCUACCAGCAGUACAAAGCUGCCGGAUUCGACGACCUCAUGUGGCACAGCGGAGAGGCGGAGGAAGAAGAGGAGGACGAGGAGGAGGAGGAGGAGGAGGAGUCACUCCGAAAGAAGGCGGUGAAGGUGAAACAUGUGAAGAGACGGGAGAAGAAGCCAGAGAAGAAGAAAUCCCUCUCCACCUCCAAAGAGGAGGCGCGGCGUCACAAGGCCAAGCAGCGACACAGGGGGCGCGUACGGCACAGUGAAAGAAGGGGAGGAGGGGGAGGAGGAGGAGGAGGAGCAACAGAGGCUGACGCAAAGGAGCUCGGCAGUCCUCUGCGCCAGUGUCUCGGGCCAGGCUGCGUCCAAGCGGCCAGAGCCACCUCCAAGUACUGUUCCGACAACUGUGGCAAGAAGCUCGCAGCCAAUCGCAUCUAUGAGAUCGUCCCUCAGAGGAUCCAGCAGUGGCAGCAGAGCCCCUGCGUGGCCGAGGAGAUGGGCCGCAGGCAGCUGGAGCGAAUCAGGAAGGAGCAGCAGGCCGCCAGGCUGCGCCUCACCCUGAUGGAAAAGCGCUUCCACGAGCUGGAGGGCAUCAUCGCCAACUCCAAACUCAACCAGGUGCAGCACGACGAGGAGGCCAACGAAGGCGACGGCGACGACACCGACCUUCAGAUUUUCUGCGUAUCCUGCAGCCAUCCGAUCAACCCCAAGGUAGCGCUCAGACACAUGGAGAGGUGCUACGCAAAGUAUGAAAGUCAGACGUCCUUUGGAUCCAUGUACCCCACGCGGAUUGAAGGAGCGACGCGCCUUUUCUGUGACGUCUACAACCCUCAGAGCAAAACGUACUGCAAGCGGCUCCAGGUCUUGUGCCCGGAACAUUCCAGGGAUCCAAAGGUGGCAGCAGACGAGGUGUGCGGCUGCCCUCUGGUCAAAGAUGUUUUCGAACCCACCGGCGAGUUCUGUCGGGUCUCCAAGAGAAAGUGCAACAAGCACUACUGCUGGGAGAAGCUCCGGCGCGCCGAGGUGGACCUGGAGAGAGUCCGAGUGUGGUACAAACUGGACGAGCUGUUUGAGCAAGAGAGGAACCUGCGGGCCGCCAUGACCAACCGGGCGGGUUUGCUGGCUCUCAUGCUGCACCAAACCAUCCAGCACGACCCGGUGACCACAGACCUGCGCUCCGCCAAAGACCGCUAG